AUGACUGGUCGAGGCGCGCGCCGCUCAGGCGGCUCUGUCUGGCGCAACCUUCUGGGCUGGAACAAGCACCCGUCCCACGAACGCCGGGGCCUCCUGGAAGACACACGCCGGCGUCUACUUCCCGCAUACGUCGAGGACAACAUCGAAUCGGCAAUCCCGCCUGCCGAGGUUACCAAGAUUGCCAUCCGGCUCCACCACCUGGUCGAACAGUGCAUCCCUUGCGAGAUGGAGGAAGAGCUCGUAACACGCUCACACAGCAAGAUCAUCAACAAGGCAGUCAUCAAAGCAGCGAAAGAAGCCGGCGGUGAGGAGUACAGGGGCUGUGUGGUCUUCUGUCUACUCAUCUGCAAACGUUGGUUCCGGCACCAGGCUCUUGCCGAGCUCUGGGACGCGAGCAUGCACCAGGUGCGUGGCAUUGCGUGCGAGGUGAUUGCCAAGCAAAUCAUCGAGAACGAGGAAGAUACCGAGUACCUGAUGCACUCGGUCCUUUUAAAGCGCUACGCCAUCCUGAUCGACCAGGAGCCGACGCUGCCAUCCAACGUGAUUGAAAAGGCAGUAGACCUGCAUGCGCUGCGUGUGAUCGGGUCAUCGGGUUACCAGAAGUGCAUUGGGUACCUGUGGCGCGGCUGGUUGGUGCAGGAUGAGGACGACCCGUCGAACUUUGUGGACUACAAAGGGCGCGACGACACGUCGUUUCUGUCGCACAUGGAUCCGGACCGGAUGCGGGCGCCGAUGUACCAGAACGCGGCGCAGAUGCUGCUCUCGCUCAUCUACCUUGGACUCUUCACGAUUGCGAUCAACACGAUCAACCGGAGCGGCGACUUGGACUUUGUGGAGGUCGUGCUGUACCUCUUUACGUUUGGCUUUCUGUUUGACGAGAUUUCCAAGAUCUGGAAGGCAGGCUACUACAUCCUCGGGUUCUGGGAUGCGUUCAACGGGUUGCUGUACUCGCUGCUGCUUACCAGCCUGGCACUGCGGUUUGUGGCAUUCAGCAAGCCGUCGACGGGCGAUGUGAACUUCAAGGGCCCGCGCGAGCACUACAACGAGCUGAGCUACAACUUCCUGGCCUUCAGCGCGCCUAUGUUCUGGAUACGGCUGCUGCUGUACCUCGACAGCUUCCGGUUCUUCGGGGCGAUGCUGGUGGUGCUCAAGGUGAUGAUGAAGGAAUCAGUGAUCUUCUUUGCGCUGCUGAUCGUGAUCCUGGUGGGUUUCCUUCAGUCGUUCAUCGGGCUGGAUAUUGCAGAGGACCACGUGCUCGGUGACAUUGGAUUUAUCGUGCAGGCGAUGGCCAACGCAGUGAUGCAGAGCCCCGACUUUGAGGGCUUUGAGCAGUUUGGCCAUCCGUUCGGCAUCAUCCUGUACUACUGCUUCACGUUUAUCGUGAUGGUGGUGCUGCUCAACAUUCUGAUUGCGCUGUACAACUCAGCCUACGAGGACAUUUACGAGAACGCGGACGACGAGUAUCUAGCGCUGUUUGCGCAGAAGACGAUGCAGUUUGUGCGGGCGCCGGACGAGAACGUGUUUAUCCCGCCGCUGAACCUGAUUGAGAUUUUCUGUCUAGCGCUGCCGUUUGAGUGGUGGAUGAGCAAGCGGACAUACGAGAAGCUGAACGACUACGUGAUGGCGGCGCUGUACUCGCCGCUGCUGGUGCUGGCGGCGUACUUUGAGACGCGGCAGGCACGCGAGAUCCAGGUGAACCGGCUGCGCGGCGACGCGGACGACGACAUUGUGGAGGAGUGGGAACAGCUGGGACUGGGGCUGGGCGGCGAUGCGGCCGGCACGAUGACGGUCGACUUUGAGGCUGACGGCUGGAACAAGACGGUCGAGCGGGUGCGGCCGAACGUGGAGGACGAGCUGGCGGUGUUGGAGGUGCGCGAGCUGCGGUCGGAGGUGGCGGAGCUGAAGCUGAUGCUGACGGCCCUAACCAGAUCGCUGGGGACGUCGGCCGUGCCGCAGCUGAAGGCUGGGGAGAGCUCCAAGACGGCCGAGACACUGGUGGAUACAGAGUAG